GACUGCGUCUGCUUCUCGAGGGAGAGGCUCACUGUAGUUCCACCCACCGGCUGGAAGGAGGGGGUUUGAAUGAAAGACAAGACAAGCCUUAAGCACCAUGUCACUCCGUGAGGGAGACAGCAGCAACUAGGCUGUGGAAAGGCUUUUUUUUUUCUUUUUAAAAAAAGGGGGGGGUGGGGAGGAGAGAGGGAAGAAAAAAGAGUGAGCUUGAGAAGGGGAGAGAGAGAGAGAGAGAAGAGAGGAGAGAGAGGAAGAAAGCUGGUCUGCAGAGAUUUGGAGUUACACUGUCUUCCUGAUUUCUCUAACAGGACUUUUUUUCUACAGACACUGGCAAUUGACAUUACUACAGACAAGCUGGUUAGACAAGAAAACGCUGUAUCCUGAGUGAAGGAGGGAGUGGGGGAGCCAAGCAAGAUUUUUUGUUGUUGGUUUUUUUUUUUAUCUAUAAAUCCAUAUAUUUUUUAUUCUUGCUGUGUUGGAACUAGUGAGCGGUAGAAGGCAAGGAAGUCUCGAAAGCCUCAUCAGUCAUCAGUACUGUCAGGAAUAGUGGUUUAAGAGGAAGAAGGCCUGGGGCACUACACCCUGUCAACGAGUUCCCUGCAUCGGAGAUAAAGAUUCCAGCUACAUGGGCAAACGCUUGGAACAGCAACCAAUGUACCCUCAGUACGCUUACUACUACCCUCAUUAUCUCCAAACCAAGCAGUCCUAUGCACCAGCUCCCCACCCCAUGGCUCCUCCCAGUCCCAGCACAAACAGCAGCAACAACAGCAGCAACAACAGCAGCGGGGAACAGUUGAGUAAAACCAAUCUGUACAUUCGAGGCCUUCCACCCGGCACCACUGACCAGGACCUUAUCAAGCUUUGCCAGCCGUAUGGGAAAAUUGUAUCCACAAAGGCAAUUCUUGACAAAAACACAAAUCAGUGCAAAGGUUAUGGUUUUGUAGAUUUUGACAGUCCAGCAGCAGCACAGAAAGCAGUAGCAUCUCUCAAGGCAAAUGGCGUGCAGGCCCAGAUGGCAAAGCAACAAGAGCAAGACCCUACAAAUCUAUACAUCUCAAAUUUACCGAUUUCUAUGGAUGAGCAGGAACUGGAGAACAUGCUGAAACCCUUUGGACAUGUCAUUUCUACCAGAAUAUUAAGAGAUGCUAAUGGAGUCAGCAGAGGAGUCGGCUUUGCCAGAAUGGAGUCUACAGAAAAAUGUGAAGUAGUAAUUCAACAUUUCAAUGGAAAAUAUCUGAAAACCCCACCUGGUGUACCAGCCCCCACUGAGCCUUUGCUGUGUAAAUUUGCUGAUGGAGGGCAAAAGAAGCGACAGAAUCAAAGCAAAUACACACAGAAUGGAAGGCCGUGGCCAAGAGAAGGAGAGCCCAGAUUCUAUGUUACUUGUCUCAUACUAAUGAACAAACUACAACUGCUUCUGACAGCACACAGAAAUCAUAGGCUGAUCAGGUCAGACAAGGCCGGCAUGGCUUUGACUUAUGAUCCAACAGCUGCUAUACAAAACGGAUUUUAUUCCUCACCGUACAGUAUUGCAACAAAUCGCAUGAUUCCACAGACAUCUAUCACACCAUUCAUUGCUGCUUCCCCUGUCUCUACAUACCAGGUCCAGAGUACUUCAUGGAUGCCUCAUCCGCCAUAUGUUAUGCAACCAACAGGUGCUGUGAUAACGCCGACAAUGGACCACACUAUGUCAAUGCAGCCAGCAAGCAUGAUGGGCCCCCUGACCCAACAGAUGAACCACCUUUCCUUGGGCACAACAGGAACGUACAUGACUGCUGCUGCUCCUAUGCAAGGGACCUACAUUCCCCAGUACACUCCUGUGCCUCCAACAGCUGUCCCUAUUGAAGGUGUUGUUGCUGAUACCUCUCCACAGACAGUAGCAUCUUCAUCACAGGAAGCCAGUGGUCAACAGCAACAGAUGACAGUGGAAACAUCCAGUGAACACGCGCCUGCAUAUUCUUACCAACAGUCUAAACAAUAAACAGGACUGAAGAAUGUCUGUCUGAAAUCUUUGCCUUGAAUGGAGAAACUUCAUUGAACAAGAAGUUGGCUUCCAGUUUGCACAGGCGUCAAAUGAAUGCUUUUUUUUUAUUUUCUACCCUUCCCAAUGAAAACAAAACAGUGUUUUUAUGUGCUGUGCAAAUGGUUCCGUCAUGUAGUCUGACAGUUUUAUUUUUGCUAUAAUUUUUUUAAAUAAAGAGAAAACCCAAAGGAAAAACACUGGGUUAACAUUUCAUCUGGAUGAACAUUUGAAUUCAGAAUUUACCUGGAGGUAUAGCUAGAUUCUUUUUUUUUCUUUUUUUUCUUGGUUUUUUUUUUUAGAAGAACAGCAAAACUGAUGAUGUCAAGAGGGAGCAAGCUGAGAUGAAAACUAAUGGUCUUCCUCAAAAAAUUAAGCUACUCUUUUUCUCAUAUUUUUCCUUCUUGUUUUAAAUCUAGAGUGUUUUUGUUUUGUUUUGAGUUGUUUUUUUUAGAAAUGUUUAGGUAAGGUUUAUCUUGAAUCUUAAUUGCCUUAAUUUUUAAGGACGUCAAAGGCUCUCAAGGCAAGCUGUCAACGUCUUGUUAGAAAACCCGAGAAGGAAUUGAAACCUGCUUACACCAGUGUCAGCUGGUGUGGAAGUUUAAUAGACUGAAUUUUUGGGGUGAACAAAAAAAACCUGUACAGUUUAAAAGAAAAUGAUUUUCUUCUUUUGAAGAAAACUUGAUGAUAAAAGAACUGUGGCAACUGAGAGGAUUGGAAAAAGUGCUGGGACUUUUAUGAACUUUGUCUUAAGUGUUGACAGAAAAAAAAUUCUAGAAGGCUAAAGCAUUUUACAGUAAAGUUAUUGAAUUGAGAAAAAAACUAACUGCAUUAUAAAGAAUGCAGGGUUUUUUUCUUGCAGAAUGCAGAUUUUUUUUAUUUACAAAGCGUGAUCGCUAGCAAAAGCAUUAGUGCUUUUUAUCUGCAGUCUUUUUUAUGAGCUUUAAGAAGUUUUUAGUCUGCUUUGCUUGUCACAUUGCAAAAACCUAGCUUAAGAGCAUUAAAAAAAACUUAAGUAGAUAGGAGCUUAUGGUCAAAAAAGUGCAAAAAAAGCAAUAGAUAGAAGAAAUUGUUGACAAUUUCUGUAGUCUUUCCUAGUUGUGAUCAAAUGCAGCCUAUGGAUGGCCUAUUUUAUACCAAAGAUGAAGUGACACCCUAACGCAGUCCAGAAGAUAGAGUUUUUUUUUCCUUUUUUUAUCUUUAUUUGACCUACAUGGCCGGACCAGUUCUUACUUUUUGUUUGUUUAAACUAUCUUCCACUGGUGUUUUACAUACUGCCUAUGUUUAUAAUGGAAAUUUCAGAGUAAUUGGUACUAAAAACACAUACCUGCUGUGUUUUGGAGAAAUUCAGUGUGAGGACAUCUGGGUUACCAACUGGUCUUCAGCUGGGCUUUAAUUUCUAUGACCGUUUUGUUACAUUGCCUAUUCCUUUGUAUUUCUACCAAAACUACAGUCUUCCUUCUGAAUUCCAACAUCCCACAGAUUCAUUUCCUCACCUCAGUCUUUGUCAUCUUCCAGCAUGCAUAGCCACCUUGAUUCUACAUCUGUUUUUCAGUAAUGCAUUUGAAUCACCGAUUAGAUGCCACAAAAAGCAAAUUUUUGUUGUCUUUUAAAUUCUCUCAAAGGGAAAAGUUAAAAAUUGCUUAGAUUAAUGCUGUUAUGCAGGCAGGAAGUGAAAAUUCAUUUUCCCUUCUAUGAGUUCUGUUUUCUUAAUUUGUUGGCUGACAAUCACUAAUUAGUAUGAUUAGGCAAAAAACAGUACCUAAAUUGGAUCCAUUGAAAUCUACUUUAGGAAUGACAACUAUUUUACAAUGAAAAAUACUGAUUACAAUCCUUGCUUUUUUCCAAACAAUCAAACAAAAAAUAGAGAAGCAAGCCAGAGUAAAACAAGUGAUUUUUUUUUUCUGUAAGAAGAUUACAGAAAAUCAGCAUUUAAAUAAAAAUACACACACACACACGCACGCACGAAGCCAAACAAUUGAACUUUCCUCCAUCAAAGAGAAAGGGGAAGCUUCACUACAGUUCUUGUGGUGCAUUAGAAACAGGGUAUCCAUUUAAAAAAUAAAAUAUCAAUCAUUUUUAUAUUGGAUUAACUCAAUUCAGCCACCCUGAUUCUAAGUGAGAUCUAUGGUUCCCUUAACUGAUCUUUUUUUUUAAAAAAAAAAAAAAAGCAUAUUUUUUUAAAAUUGCUAAAGCAGUACCUUAUUUUUUAACAUAGUGGGGGGUGUGGGGAGGGUUUACCCAAGCAAAAGGCUGCUAUAUAUGCAACACGUCAAAGAGAAAGAUGGGAACUCAUCUGGUUAGCCACCAUAGAUACAGGGCUUGGUUUUCAGGAGAGUCAAACUACUUUCAACUCUCUUUGCCUUCAAAUGGAGUUUUUGGUAUUCUGAAUACCAGGCCCCAGAAAAGUAAUGUUGUUUUUCCCUCUAUUUUGUUAAAAAAAAAGGCCUCUAGCUUUUUAUUUUCUGUUCCACAUGCUUUCACGUUGCUGUUUACUUUUUGUGAGUGGCACACGAGUUUUGUCCUUGGAGAAGGGUGUCCCCAUUCAGAAGGGGUAGGGGGAAAAAACAAGCUAGCCUUAUUUUCUUCCUUUUUACACUGUUUCUCUUUUUCUCUGAAUUCUUUGUACAAAUAGAGAUAACCCCAGGCACAAUUCAAUUGAAUAUGAAAUAAACAUGUGUUGUUUUGUUUCUGUAUACGUUCUGUUACACAAAAAAAGUCUCAUUUACUAUCAACAAUGAGGCUACAAGGUAGCUACCAUGUGGCUGAUGAGUAUGCUGAGGUACCUUCCUGUUUCUAUUCAGAACUCUGCUGCUUUAUUUAUACAUUCAGAAACAUUUUUGGUAUUAUUUUCAACAAAUAAAGUUAGACAAUUUCAGUGUUUUUUAUUAAGCCAGGCAGGCAAUGAGUUAUCAGGAUGCCUGUCAGUUUAAACUGUUUUAAGUACAUUCUGUGUUAGAACUGUCUCAUUUUUUACCAUGCUACAAUGUUGACUAUUGUUUGAAAACCAAAAAAAAAGAACAAACAAAGAAGCAGAAGAAGAAAGACAAUGGAUCCUCUGAAUCCAAUAAACUAUCUUUCUUUCUUAUCCCCAAACUGAUGAAUUGGUACUUAAAGGCUCAUGAGUUACAGCUGAUGAGUUAUAAACAGUAAUAUAUCACCAGGUAAGAUAUAAUAUAUUUAAAAUAUAAAAAAAAGUUCAGAAAGGGGAAACCUUUAUUUGCAAGAAUCAAAGAUGAGAUAAAGGAAUAUGGAUGAAGUCUGUUCAGUGCAGCAGACCUGCCCCUUGGGUAUCAUCAUAACACAGAGAUGCCCAUUUGCUUCUGAAAACUGAAUCUGGUUUGCUUUAUAUUCUGCCUAACAAGGUUUUUAGGGGCAUUUUUUUUUAGAACCAUUCUAGUUGGUUCAAUAUCUUGCCAACUUAGCCUUAAAUAUCAUCUGGAAGGUUGCAGAAACUGCUCCAGAAGUCAAAGGCAAUGGUGCCUGAUGCAACUCUCUGGAAAUCAAAUCAGAUCCAUACGUUGAACUACAGAUAUACUUUCCAUCACACCUGAACUCUUGUAAAUAGUCUGAUUUAGAUAUUUGGUUUGGGGGGGGGGGGGGGGGGGGGUUGGGGCGUUGUUUGGGAUUUUUUUUUUCCUUUGGAAAAUAAGUAAUAAGAGGGGUGUCAGAAAAAUAUGCAUCAUGGCUGGAAUAUUCUGAAUACCCAGGAUAUUGGAUAAUGGCUAUAAUGGAACUGAAUACAGUAUAAUAUGUAGCAUUAGCAGGUGCUAGUGACAAAGGCAGAGUCUAAUUCAGGGCACUAGAUCCUGGCUGUUCCAAACGAAAAUGCUGAGGUAGUUCUCUGUCUUGCUCUACUGCUGGUUUUAUUAACACUUCAAUUAUGACAGCCAGCCAUAGAAUUUGGGAUGCCCUCACAGUCCCUACCAUUGAAAUAGACUCUUAAAAUGUCGCUAGCUGCUGCAUACUUGUAUGGUUCUGUUUGCCAAGGGAUUUAGACUGCCUUUUUAUGAUAAGCUGAGAAAACCAAUGUCAUGCAGAAUGAGGCCUAUUUCAGAGUAGUUGCAUCAUGAUGUAUUAUUUUGUACUGUGGAUGCAUGCACAACUGUGGAAGAUGAGAGUUGGUGAUCAGGGAAGUGAGGGAUUCUGCAAUGGGCAUAAGCAUUAAAAUGGGUUUUUACAUGAGUAAAAAGCAAAUGAAGGGUUUUAUUUAUGUAUGUAUGUGUACCAAAAUUCAGCAAAUUUGAGGAAGCCUGCAUUGUAAUAAAGUUUAUUUUUAAUAUGUCAUAGUAUUUGGAUCUAUAUUAUGUUGUCUAUGGUACUGAAGGAUGAGAUUGAUACUCACUGUUUAACAAGUUACCUUGGUUCAUCAUUUUAAGCUUAAUAGCACUUGUCAGCCAGCCUCUUCAUUUUAAUGCUGAGGUUGACAUGAGUAACACAGGUUUAAGCAGACUCUCUGCACUAUGCCUUCAGUAAGAGUCAUGCUAAAGAGUGAUAGUAGGCUUAAAGUAAUGAAUCAGUCUAUUUUUAGUGAUGAGACCAAAUGUGGUAGUUGAAGAUAGUUAUGUUUGAUCCACACAUGGUCAACAUUUCUUUACAAAACUUUAUUUAACAUGAAAUUGGUCUUGAUGUAAAAGAAGUGUCCUUGGGCGAGGGAUUUUCCAGGUCUUCUAGGUAGCCCAUAUGAACUGAGGAAAUACUAAUGGUGUGAUGGAAAUGCAAAAGAUAACAACAAAACCACAGGCAGAUUAUUCCAGGGAACCUCUCCUUUCUGGUUGAUGACAUUUAUUUUCUCUCUAAUAAUGGUGAUUCCUUUCAUUUUCUAAUACAUGCACACUAACUAGUCAUGUACACACACUUUGUCAGAAGGAGGGGGUGUAUCAGCAGGACAUUUUUCAUAUUCUUCAACAAAGUGGAUUUCUGGAAUCAACAAGAGGCAAAUGAGCGGCAUGGGUAAACGAGGAGAGAAUUAUUUUUCCUUCAGAAGAAGCACCACACUUCCACAUCAGUCAUAUCAUCCAAAUAGACUGGAAUGCUGUCUGCACCCCUCAGAUUCAUCUUCAUGCCUCAGAGCAUGCAGAAGAGACCAGUUCUCUCCCCUUUGUUGAUGUGUUCUUUGUUAAAAAUAAACAUAAAAAAAUGACAAAAUGUACAAAAAUGGUUCUUGCUUCCCAUGAUGAGAAAAUAUCUUGUGUCUAUAUCAGUUAUUCUCGUUUUUAUUCCUCACCAAUGACAGUCAAUUUCCUUUCACCCUAAUAAAAUUUUGUAAUUAAGUGAAAAAUGUCAGCUGUUGAAAGGUCCACAAACCCAUUUUUCUUUAUAGGCCUCAGUCUCAGAAGGAAUUCAAUACCCCCAGAGAUCUAGGUCUGUUGAUUUAAAAAAAAAUCUGUCCAGUGUUCAUUGUAUUUUCACUCUUUUGUUUUGUUUCUCAAGGAUGAAGAAUGUAUAUUUCUGGUGGAAUUUACCAUCAGUUAUAUUUUAAGAACCUCCCAAAAAUCAGGUUAAAGAGGACAGCAUGAUGGUAGAAUAACUACAGUUAUGCAUCCUAAAGUGGAAAAAAGCUGAGUAAAUCAUUUUCUUUUCUUGAGGAAAAAUAAAUUAUGUGGAAGAAGGAAGCAUCCAGUAUUUGUAAAGGAACUUUUAAUUGUUUUCCCAUUAAAGGAGAAUUAAAAGCUUCCAUCUUUAAGAAAAUCAAAAUAGUACUGAAGAUAGAUGACUCUCCUAUCAAGAAAAAUGUAUCACAUCCAUGAGACAGGGGUUCUUUCAAAUCUUUAUAUCCUCACUAUUGCCAAAUUGUAGACUAAAGAACCUCUGGGAAAUAGUAAACUAUGAAUCUUAUUUAUAUGGGCAUCCUUGUGUUGAUGUCUUGGAGCUAUGUCUACUGCUAUUAUGUUGGGUUUUUUUAAUUUUUGUUUUCCAUUUGUACCGCAACCCUAAUAGCUGCCAUUUUUCCACUCCUGGGGCUUUCUGUAGAUCAGUGGAUGUUAGGUUUAAACUUCUGUUUUCUUUGAUGAAGCUUUCAAUAAAAAAAUAAA